AUGUUCAACAACGUCCUUGUACAGCUGGUCCUCGCGGCCUCGCUCGUCUCCGGCCAUAUCCUCAUCACUUACCCUGGCACCCGGGGCAACAGUUUCAUAACGAACGAUACCUUUCCCUAUGGCAUGCAGUGGACUCAUCCAUGUGGCGGCCUAGGUCUUUCAAGGAACAGGACGUACUGGCCGGUGAAUGGCGGUGCGGUUGCCUUCCAGCCCGGCUGGUUCUCCGGACACGCCACUGCUCUUCUCUACAUCAACAUCGGGAUCGACUCCGACGGCCCGGAUGGCGGACCCAUGAACUUCACCACCCUCUCCUUGGGCGUCAAAGUUGGCGAUAAGGCCACCAUUCAAAUCGUCGAACUCGCGGGCCACGGUGCUUCUCUCUUCGCGUGCUCUGAUAUCAUAUUCGUAAAUCCCGACGACGAGCGCCUGCCUCCUCUCAACAAUUCUAUUUGUUUUAAUACUACCGAACUUGGCUUCGGCGACUUGUACACCAUCACUACCAAGCCGCAGGUUGUCCUCAACAGCGAAGGUGUCCGGACUUCCGCCGCGACAGGACAUCUUGACACGACCUCCGCCUUCAGGUUAUUAUCCAGCCUUGUUCCGGCCGUCCUCGGUGGCAUGGCCUUCCUCCUAUAA